UGUCAGUUUCAGCAGCUGCAAUAAAAUCUGCAAUGCUCAAUUUGCUCGUCUAGCUGAGAAAUAAAACUUUACUUACUGUCUUGUGCUUUUUCUUUAAGAUUUAUACAAUUAUUCAUGUCGCCAAAUAAAUGAAGACUCCGCGACAGUCGUCAGGCUCCAUCAUGAGGAAAUAUUACCAGCUUAUACUCAUCAUAGUGUGCUUCGUCAGCAUCGUGACGCUUCUUAUUUACCGGCACGAAUAUUACCGACUGCGAUAUGUCCUCGAGGUGCUCAACUUUUUCGGGAAGCCCGGUUUGUCCGAGAUCGAGUUUUGCGGACCUGGCUUCAAUGCUACGAUGCUCACAGAGAUAAUGCGGAACUCUUCCAUGGAGGUGAGGGAAACUCCACCGCUCUUCCAACAGAUUGAUGACAAUUUCUACGCUUACUCGUCAUUUUUGCGCUCGUAUCGCAAGUACGAGAAGCUCACGCCUCACGCACACAACAUAGACACUAUCGUCAUCGGGAGAGCGAACGCGCGCCCCAAUUUCCGCUGUAACAUCUGGCUAGAGAACAGUUCCAAACAUAAAGUAGGCACAUUCAGUUUCAAAACAAUCUCCCAGCCUAUCAAUGGCUUCAGAUUAUUCGUAUUUCAGUGCUCAUUAAGCCAAAACUUAGGUAAAUUAAAAGGCAUAAGCUUCUAUAGCAAUGACUAUAAAGUAAGUCCAAUUCAUGCCCCAAUAAAUAGACUGAUUGAUGUAACUACAAAACGGAAAUCAAGACCCAUGAGGUAUACAAACAAUAUUAAAUUUAUCAACAAUGUUGUGCCGGCGAUGUGCAUCAUCCCAAAUCAAGUGCCAAUAGUCUCCAGAGAUUCCCUCAUAGAGUCCUUAGUCUUUCACCACAUGAUGGGAGUCAACUCAUUCACCAUUUAUGACAGUCUGAUCUCUGAAGACAUAGUAAAAAGACUGAAUUUGGUACCAAGUGAUAUUACUCAAUGGGACAUCCAGUUUUUCCCCUUAAAUUUCCCUUUCAACUUUGCCAAAAGUUAUGACAUAGUCAAGCAGGCUAUAGAGCUGGAUUGUCUUUUUAGGCACUUCAAGUUAGACAAGGAAGACACAAACAAAGCAAGUCAUGCUAUUGUCAUCUCCUGGGAUGAAUUUCUUGUUCCCCGCAUCCAUAACAGUUUAAAAGCUGUCAUCUCUGAUUUUGACCCUACAUACAAACAGAAAUCAAUAACAGUGGAGCCUUUAUUAUUUUGUUUAAAUCAGAAUGAUGAUGACAACUCAGAAGUUGGUUAUCCGGACAUUAUGAAAAAGACACACUACUACCAGUUACCGCAGGAGAAGAAGCGGCCAGUGUAUAUUAGAAAUUUGGACUCCAUGACAACUUUUGAGGACAUUUUCAAUGCUACCACUACCAGCGGACAAGCUAUACCUACCAAUUUGCUUGCUGUACACAAAUAUACAGAAUGCAGAGACCCAAACAGCUACCAUCCGAGAGGUGUAGGAUUCAAUGAGACACAGAUGGAAGUGUUUCGGAACAAGUAUGAAGCAGCCAUGAUGAAGUUUGGACCGAGUUUGGUGAACAAUAAGAUUUACAGGCUCUACAGAUCAGGACAAAUUUGGGAGAAAACAUCUAAUGAGAAUGUUAGGGAUAUGCUGUAAAAAAAUUCUUUAACAAAUGUGUUUUGUAUUGGCAAAUAAUAUCUAAGCUUAUGUAAGAUGGGAUACCUGUAUGGACCUAAAGAAUAAGAUAAGUUAAAUAGGCAUUUAUUGAACAGCAAUAUAGUUGACACAGAGAAUGUUGAUAAAUGUUGUUGAUUAUUAUUGACUGAUAUUCAACACAGUUGACACAAUUUAUGAGAUAUGUGUUGAAUCAGCAAUUAACUUUCAAUGACUAAAAAACGUAAACAACUCAAUUACAAAUUUAAUGAAUGCUUUGCUAUUUUAGUGACUCGAAAAUUUGAAAAAUUUAUGUAUACAUAGAAUUAUUGUAUAUGUAUUAAGAAGUCAAUAGGUACCAGCACAUUCAUAAAGAAUAUCUGCAAUUCUACAGAUACAGUUUCCUGACCAAAGUAGUAUAACAAGUUUGUCAAGAAAUACAAUUAUCAAGGUCAAGGUGCUUAAAUAUGUAAAUUGUCCAAAAAUUAAACACAUUUUUAGCCUUUCACCCAUACCAAUAUGUUAUACCUUGAUUGUAUAGUCAAGGUUUAAAAUACUUACACGGACAAAGCGCUAAAAAUAUCUGAACACGACCUUAUGGCCUAGAUAAAGAUAGUUUAUUAUUCAAGUUGGCAUAUUACAAUGCGCUUAUGAACGUCAAAUAAAGCUACGCCGGCUUUAACCGUACACCUCUGCCUCGAGAAGAUUUUAAUCCCCCCUCAAUUGGAGGAGGGUAUCCCAAUAUGGGACCGGCAAUAAACUCGGCGGGAAACAUCUUUUCAAAACA